AGUGUUAUUAAAAACAAAUUUAAAUCAGAAGAAGUGUUGUGGUCUCAUGUAUCCCACUUCCUGUUUUAUUUUAAAAGUCCCUGCCUUAAAAUAAAAAAACAACAACAGACGUAUAAAUAUUCCAUAGGUUAAGUAUUUACACCCAUCCUUAGGUUUUGUGUGCAAUAUGUAGACCAAGCGAAUGUCGUCCUAACUCUGAAGCCCUGAUUAUUACCGGUAGUUGGCACCAACUAUAACAUACAGCAGUCAAAACAUAUUGCUAGUUCAUGGGCCACUAUCUUUCAUUUGGAACAGCACACUUUACCACAGGACUGUGAUAAUAGCUCUUGUCAGCAAAAAUAAAACUGAUAGGGUAAUUCCACAAGACAUUUUUUGGUCAAAUUCUUAAAAACAAAAUAAAACCAGCACUUGAUAAUUCUAGGGAGAUCCAACCAAAACAUAAGAUUUACUUGUUCAAAACUGGAAAAUAUGCCUCUGCGUACAAUGAUUAUUGGUUGUGUCUCUGCUAAUAGCAGUGGAAAGCUGUUCUAUUGUCAAAUGUGUAAAUUAAUCGGCAGAUAUAAGGUGCAUUCAUGCAUUAUACAAUUCGUUCCAGAUUGGCUCAGUACAAAGAACCCGGAGUGCCAAUUUUGUGAUAUGUGUGUUCAAUGCAGAUGGACUGAGAUGCUGGCUGGCUGCUGGAUAGGUGGUUUAUUUUCCAGUUUAUUGCAGGGCCAGCUGAGCCACCUGCUCACCGUUUGAUUGACAUCUGUUUUUGUAGAAUCCACCUGACGCUAUCUCUGCCUGGGGCUGCAUCCCUUGCUAAGGGCUAAUCUAAGACUGGUUUUCUCAAUGUGAAAUGUAGAGAAGUAUGAACAAUAACAUUAUUGAGGCUGGAAGGGCAAAAAUCCAAGACUGGUAUCUCUUGUGACUGAACAAAAGGCACAUGCAUGCUGUCCCACGCAGUUGAGCAACAAAGAGUAUCAAGCGCAACUGGAUGACAUAUUGCAGUCAAAUGACAAAGAUGAAGCUUUGAAGAAAGCAUUGCUGGCUGGAAACUUGCCUGCUGUUGAAGAGCUUUUAAAUUCAGGUGUAAGUGUGGAUUCUACUUUUAAGUUUGGAUGGACUCCUCUGAUGUAUGCUGCAAGUGUCUCAAAUGUGGAACUCAUGCAUAUCCUUCUGGACAGAGGUUCAAAUGCAAGCUUUGAUAAGGAUCAAUAUACAGUAUUGAUGGCUGCAUGUACUGCACAUACUUCAGAAGAGCAGAUUUUAAAGUGUGUAGAACUGCUUCUCUCAAGAAAUGCUAACCCUAAUGCUGCUUGUAGGAAAAAAAUGACUCCAUUAAUGUAUGCAGCUCGUGAAGGCCAUCCUCAAGUUGUAACUCUUCUUGCUGCUCAUGGAUCACAAAUAAAUGCCCAGGAUGAACGUGGUUACACAGCAUUAACGUGGGCAGCACGCCAAGGUCAUAAAAAAGUAGUCUUCAAGUUGCUCGAAUUGGGAGCUGAUAAAUCAAUACAGACCAAAGAUGGACUGACAGCAGGAGAGAUUGCUAAGAGCAACAAGCAUUCAGAGCUUUUUAGCUUACUUUCAUUGAGUAGACACCCUUUCCAAGAAAGAUUCAACAACCUGACUAAAGAAGAGGCUAUUCACAAACUUCUGAAAGCAGUUCCCAAUUCAUUUAAAAGCCAGAAAACCAGUUCUUAUGCAGCCUUUGGUGACCUGGAGGUGUUUUUACAAGGCCUUGAGCUUGAACACUUAACAGAGGUCCUGAAGGAGGGAGAUAUUGGUUUAAGGGAGCUUUUGACCAUGGGAAACAAGGACUUUACACAGCUUGGAAUUACAAAUAUCAGAGAUCAGCAGAAAAUCUUAGGUGCUGUUAAAGAAGUGCAGAUAGAAGAAGUAAAGUUGGAAGAGUUGUCCAGAGUGGUGAAUUUGGAACUCAGUGGCGAUGAGUUUCUUUCUUUCCUUGUGAAACUAAACAAACAGUGCAUGCACCUUACAGCUGCUGUGCAGAGUGCGGUUAAUCAGUUCCCUACAGAUGCUCACAAGUUGGUUCUUGAAUGGAGUCCACCUCAGAAGCUUGCUAAUGUUUGUGGAAAGCUUGUUUCCAGUGCUGAGGAUCUGACUGGAGAAGCUACCAAACUGAAAAGCCUCAUGCAAAAGCUGCAUGAUGGACAGAAAGACGAUCCUUGCCGAAUACAACCUUGGGUGGAAAAACGCUGGUGGAAGAAGCCUAUUGUUAAAAUAGUAGCAGUAACAUUGGUUGGGUCUGGUUGUGCUAUCUUUAUCAUGAAGUUAACUUUAAGGAAGAGCUGAGCUGGGAGUAAUACAUAAAACAACUUUUAAAUAUAUUUUCCAACAUCUUGAAUUACAGCUAAAUCCGUUAUUUGUAUUAACAUUCAUGGUUUCAGGAGUGUCAGUUUUAUAAUAGUAAAAGCAUUGUAAUUUCCAUAUAUUUGCUUCAUUUUUUUAAAAAAAAUUAUAGAAUCUCUUCUCCUUGGCUCAAUUUCUGACUCCUUUCCAGAUAUCAAUCAGGAAACUAUGCUCUUCUUUAUUGCCAGUUUAUAGCAUGUUCUCCUUCACAGAACAGCCAGAGAUGUGCAGCAAGGGCUUCCCUUAACAGGGAUAGAUAAACGGCUGGCUGCAAGCAACUGAUAUUUCUCCUCCUUUGUGAAUGAUGAGAGAGGCUAUUGUUACUUUUGCCACCAGGCAGCCAGUUCAGUGAGGAGUUCUAGAGAGAUUAACAAGGGGGGGAAAGAGGGCAGUUUCCCAGCUGGUCCCCAUAUCAUGGGUGCUGGCUGGCAUUUUAGGAGAUCCCUCCAAAGGAGGUUGCAGCAAUGUUGGGUGGAGUUGCUGGAAUUCCCUUGCACAAUUUCUGUGUUUUCUCUUGCUGAGGGAUAUUAUUUAAAAAAUAAAUUUAAAAAAAUCCUACCAGCAGCACCUUAGAGACCAACUAAGUUUGUCAUUGGUAUGAGCUUUUGUGUGCAUGCACACUUCUUCAGAUACGAAAGCUGAAACCAAUGACAAAUUUAGUUGGUCUCUAAGGUGCUACUGGAAGGAUUUGUUUUGUUUUGUUUUGACUACGUCAGACCAACACGGCUACCUACCUGUAACUAGAACUCUGGCUUAUUUAGUCAUUUUGCAGAGAGAUGGACCGCCAUGAGAAGAAGGCUAUGUCUGUGACAUGCUGAACUCUCCCUGAGUGUUGGCUAAAGUGGAACUGGAGAGACAUGGUAGGCAGGAAGGUGGAAAUGGUCUCUUCCUUCUCUGAAACACCUCAAUGACUGCCAAAAGAGAGAAAGAUGCUUCAUGUGAGGGGUUCAAAGAGGCAGCCUUGCUACUCUGUCUCAUGUCCAUUCCUUUAGCAGGGGGCAUGCAAAGUGGAGGACCAAAGAGUAUUAGGGUAUAUCACUAUCUUUUAAAAAAAUAGCCUAUAGGCCUAUAAGCUGCUCCCAGGCAGUAGCUUAUACCCGGCUCUUCUCUAGAAGGCAGAGCCGAAACCUGGAAGGUGCCUUCUCUCCAGAAGGGACAUAAUUCCCCUCCCCCCUUGAUUGGCUGUCUUCUUUCUAUUCCACUGUCUUGCUGACUAAGAACCAAUUGGCUUCUGUCCUUUGUAAGUUUAAUUUAUUUUUAUGUAAAAUAAAUCUUCGUUGUUAUAUGUGCCUAUUUGGAUUCAAUUUAUUCAUGUAAAAGGAUGGUUUUAAUUAAAAGGUACUGCAUAUCCCUGCAUUGCUGGGGGUUGGACUAGGUAAUCCUCAGGGUCCCUUCCAACUCUUUGAUAUGAUAUUACAUACACGCCCUACAUCCUGAUUCCUAAGUAGCAUAUUUCCUCUAUUGAAAUACUUAUUUGGACCUGAAGGUUUGUACUGGGUGCUAGAUCAGAGAGACAGUGAAGAUUUUGCUGGUAGCCCAUCCACCUUGGUGCCGUCACAGAGAAGGCAGUCUCAAUCAUGGUAUGGAAAACCUCAGAACAUUCCUUCUUUGGGAUGUCAUUUCCCACACACAAGCUGCCUUGAUUGAACCUGCUUGGGAUUUCCUGGUUGUCAUGAUAGUCAUGGGGCUGUCUCAGAAGUCAGAGAGCCCAACACACACAUCAGGUCAUACCUUAGAUCUGCUUUUUUUCAACUGGUUGAUGGUUCAGUAGGAGGUUGUUGUGGAAAAUAUCCUGUUGUCUGUCAUGGGCAGACCACGAGCAAGGUUUGAAAUGCUGAUGACAGUGCCACCUGCAGCAGCAUAGGACUCAUUGAGCCCUUGGGACUUAGGGACUCUGAUGAAUUAAUGAAUGCUAUGUGGGAUCUUCCGACUGACGUGGCUGCUGCUUGUCUUGGAGCCCGGGUACUGCUGGGG